CCUCCCGGGAGUUGUAGUUUUGGGGGCUUGGCUGGGGACGCCGAGAAAGACCAGCGGUCCCAGGCCAGGAUCGGCGUCUGUGCUUGCUCCUGGCCGCUGGCACCAUGUCCCGCGUGUUGGUGCCCUGCCAUGUGAAAGGCACCGUGGCCCUGCAAGUGGGCGAUGUGCGGACCUCCCAAGGCCGGCCUGGCGUGCUGGUUAUCGAUGUCACCUUCCCCAGCGUCGCGCCCUUCGAGUUGCAGGAGAUCACGUUUAAGAAUUACUACACAGCCUUUCUGAGCAUCCGUGUUCGCCAGUAUACCUCGAUGCACACACCAGUCAAGUGGGUGACCUGCCUGCGGGACUACUGCCUGAUGCCUGACCCACACAGUGAGGAGGGAGCCCAGGAGUAUGUAUCGCUGUUCAAGCACCAGAUGCUGUGUGACAUGUCCAGAGUACUGGAGCUGCGCCUGAUUCUGCGACAGCCAUCACCACUGUGGUUGUCUUUCACAGUGGAGGAGCUACAGAUCUACCAGCAGGGACCGAAGAGUCCUUCCAUGACCUUUCCCAAGUGGCUGUCCCACCCAGUGCCUUGUGAGCAGCCCGCUCCCCACCUUGAGGGUCUCCCAAACCCCAGCAGCGUAUCCUCUGAGGUGCAGCAGAUGUGGGCACUGACGGAGAUGGUCCGGGCCAGUCACACCUCCACAAAGAUCGGCCGCUUUGAUGUGGAUGGCUGUUAUGACCUGAACUUGCUCUCCUACACUUGAGCUGUGGCUCUUAACCCAGAUGUUGAGCUUCCGUGCCCGUCCAGGCCUGGUUUGGGCCACCAGAGGCCGAAGUGCUUUCCCUGUGCAUUCCAAAUGUUGCCCGCAUGUCUAUUCUGUCUGGGCCACAUUCACAGAUUGAAGAUUCUUGGGGGCUUGGGCUCACUGUGGUGCUUCAGCACGAGCUCCCAGUGGGGGUAUACUCUCCUCGCCUGAUUGCAACCCUAAACUCCUCCUUUUCCUGCCCUAAAAACUCUUCAGUUCUACUCACUAAGAAUCCCCAUGUGCCCUCUGCCCUCCUGCUGAUGUGCACACGCCUGUCUUCUGCCUGCUCCCUCACCUGAGUGCAGUGGGCAGGAACCUGCCCUAUCUAGCUCACCUUGGAAGGCUGCUGUAGCCAUGGCACUGUUGUAGCUUGGCAGCUUGAGGGAGAAACAACAGCCCCAUUUCUUCCUUCUGCACCCCCUAUUGGUCUUCUUUCCCUCUGUGUUAUGCCCACAAAAAGAAAUUUCCUGUCUAAACUGCUGCUUCCUUCCUAUGGAGCAAAGCUGGGGAUUUGGGCUGCCGCCCAGGUCCCUUGGUCUCUGAGCUGGCACCUGGACGUGUGUUCCAAUGGGUCUGCCCAUCCAUCUUGGGCAGGUGCCCCUGUGAAGGCUGGGGCCUGAGUGAGUCCUGAAACCUGUUUGCCGUCUAAUGUAGCCCAAAGCACAUCCUCGUCCUUUCUCCCAGGUGCUCCCUUCCAAAAGUCCUGCUCAGUGUGGUGAGGGAUCAUGGUGGGGGGUGGGUCCAGGUGAGGGUUCUCACUGGUGUCUUUUAAAAAGCUAAGUUCCUCUACAUCCCCAGGCCAGCUGCUGUAUAAGGCAGAUUACUCUUCCUUAUAAGAAAAUCCUGCUUCUCUUUGGUGUUUCCUGGCUUUGCCCCUUGGGGCUAAGAUAGUACUGCAAUAUGUGUUGGACCUGGAAAAUUGGACGUUUGUGUAGCUUGACAACUUUCUGGAGGAAGGUUAGCUCUCUGCUGUCACCUGUCAGGGUUCUUGCAGGUGGCAUCUUUCCCUGCCAGGACAUUUACUUAGCUCCAUUCAGUUUUUGCUGAGAGGAUAAUGACCAUAGUCCUGUGCUCAGGGAGUAGCCGCCCUCUGUGUGUGUGAGAGGGGAGGUCCCUGGAGUGGCAGGGACUGUGCUUCAUUCACAGCUGUGUCCCCAGCACCCAGCACUGGGCCUCUCGUGCAGCAAGAUCAAUAAAUAUUUGUGGAAUA